ACCACUUGCUGAAGAACAACAACAACAACAAAUUGCCAAUAAAUAUAAUAAUUCAUUUGUGUUAACAUUGAUAGUAAAGGUCGUGGUGAUUAUUAAAAAAGAUUACAAUUAAAAUAAUAAUAACUAUAGACACAUCAUCAAUCAUCAUUCAUUUGAAUGACUGUUAGUUGUAAAGUAACGUGACGUUGAUCCAGAGAACUACAUAAAUCUCUUGGGAUUUUAAUAAUUUAACAACACACUUGUCCAAGGAUACAAUAACACAUCCAAGGAUUUAUCAAUAUAAAUAAAUAUAAAUUAUCAUUAUUGUUAAAUAAAUAAAACAGGUAAAUUGUUAAUGACAUGAUGACUCAAUUUGUCAAUUGUUUAACAAGGCUCAGUCUAAAAUCAUUAUCAUCAUCAUCAACAAAUUCAUUAAACAUUGUUAAUUCUUUUGUAAAAUUGUCAGCAAACAAUUUUUAUAAUGUUAGAAAUAUAUCAACGACAUUAAUUAAAAAUGACAGGUUAUAUUCUGAUAAACAUGAAUGGAUUUUAGUUAAAGAAAAUAUUGGUACUGUUGGUAUUUCAAGCUAUGCACAAGAGGCACUUGGUGAUGUUGUUUAUGUUGAAUUACCAGAUGUUGGAAAAAUAAUAAAAAAAGAAGAUGAAGUUGGAGCAUUGGAAUCAGUUAAAGCAGCAUCUGAACUAAUAAGUCCAGUAAGUGGUAAAGUAAUUGAAAAGAAUAGUGAUGUUGAAAAUAAACCAGGACUCGUCAAUACAUCUUGUUAUGAUCAAGGAUGGCUUUAUAAAGUUGAACUAUCAAGUCAUGAUGAAGUUAGCAAUUUAAUGGAUGAAAAAGCAUACCAAGAAUAUCUAAAAACUGAUCAUUGAUUUUAUAAAAUAUUAUUAGUUUUAAUUAAUUCAAAUAAACGAUAUUUAUUUGUGAAUUUAUUCUUUCUUUUUGUGGUCAUUUAGAGAUAAAACAUGUCACAAUAUUUUCAGAGAUUAAUUGUGAUGAUGAUGAUGAUGAAACUCAACUCAAUUUAUGACCUCAACUAUUGCGAGAUACUUGUGAAUUAAAUUAUCAUUAAACAAGAUAAUUAUUCAUCUAUUUCGUUUUUUUUUUUUUUUUCAUUUUGAAUUUUUAAUCAUUAAACUAAUACACUUGUUUUUUUUUUUUUUUUAUUAUCAAAGAAAUAUAAUAUAUAUAUUUACAAGAAAUAAUUUCUGCAUUUUUUUUUGCUAAUUGUAUUAUUUUUUUUUCUACAUAAUUUACAAAUUUGCUAGUAAAACUGUUGACACAAAAAAAAAAAAAAAAAAAACAAAA